AUGGUGGCUGGCAGCUCCCCCCCGAGCCAGCACGUCCUGUUUAUAGAGAAGAAGCGGGGUGUGACCCCGCUGAGCGUCUCGCUCCGGGGUUUUGUCAUUAUCUCGAGCGACCAGCGGCACACGGAGCGUCCUCCGCGGGAGGAGCAGGCAGGGACGGGAUGGAUCCUGCCCCCGCCGGGUCCGUCUGCGGGGAAGGGCGGUGGCCGCAGGGAUGCAGCUCCCAUCACGCCCACCCCUGAGUCACCCCCGAGGUGCCACAUUGUGGAUGGAAGUGACCUGAAGCAGUUUUUUGACAGCAAUUAUUCUCAGAUUUAUUUUAUAUUCUAUGAAAACUUCAUAACACUGGAAAGCAGCCUGAAACAAAAAGGGAAUAAAUCCCAAAGGGAGGAGCUGGACUCCAUCCUCUUUCUUUUUGAAAAAAUACUGCAGCUUCUACCUGAGAGGAUUUUUUAUCGAUGGCAUUUUCGCAGUAUAGGGUCGAUUCUGAAGAAGCUUUUGCACACUGGAAAUUCUCUCAAGCUCAGGUGUGAAGGCAUCCGGCUGUUCCUGCUGUGGCUGCAGGCCCUGCAGACCAACUGUGGCGAGGAGCAGGUGCUGCUCUUUGCCUGCCUGGUGCCUGGCUUCCCCCCUCUGCCAUCCUCCCGUGGGCCCUGCACGCUGGAGAGCCUGCUCAGCCCCCCUGCUGCUCCUGAUGCCAAGAUUUUCCCCGAAGAAAUAACGCCGCUUCUGCCAGCUGUCUCUGGAGAGAAGAUUGCAGAGGACCAGACCUGCUAUUUCCUGCAGCUCCUGCUAAAAUAUAUGGUAAUUCAGGCUGCCAGCUUGGAGUGGAAGAACAAGGAGAACCAAGACACUGGCUUUAAGUUCCUCUUCACUUUGUUCAGAAAAUACUACCUUCCCCACUUGUUCCCAUCUUUUACCAAGCUGACCAACCUCUACAAACCUGUGCUGGACAUCCCAGAUGUCAGGCCAAGGCCAGUGUACGUGACUGCAACACGGAACAAUGAGAGUGUCUACUGCACCAAAAUCCCCUACAUGGCAGCUCGGGUGGUCUUCAUCAAGUGGCUCGUCACCUUCUUCCUUGAAAAGAAGUAUUUGACUGCAGUUCAGAAUUCAAAAAAUGGAGGGGAAAUGCUCCCUAAAAUUAUUCAGACGGUCGCCGCGGGCCCCGAGAAGGGCGCGGAGCCGGAGGGCGGGGCGGCGCCGGCGGGCGAGCAGGAGCGGGGCCCCGGCAGCAGCAGCAGCAGCAGCAGCAGCCCGUGGGACAGGAGGCUCAGCAGCUGCAGCCUGUGCAGCGUGGAGGAGCAGCACCGCGGCGUCUACGAGAUGGUGCAGGGCAUCCUCCUCUCCACGCGCGGAUACGUCAACUUCGUCAACGAGGUGUUCCGCCAGGCUUUCCUGCUGCCGCCUUCUGAUGUAUCGGCGACACGGAAGGUGGUGAAGGUGUACCAGAAGUGGAUCCUGCAGGAGAAGCCCGUGUUCAUGGAGGAGCCAGACAAGAAGGAGGACAGCCAGGAUGCUGCUGUGCCCUUGGAAGACUCCCCAGUGCAAACAGACGGUAAACAUCUCUGCUCCCAGCCCUGCGGCCACAAGCGCUCCUCCAGCUGGGGCAGGAGCUACUCCUUCACCAGCGCCGUCAGCAGGGGCUGCGUGCUGGAGGACGAGGACAGGGAUGUCAAGGCUGGCGCUCAGGCUGCGCUGCAGGUGUUCCUGACAAACUCUGCCAACGUGUUCCUGCUGGAGCCGUGCUCUGAGGUCCCUGUGCUGCUGAAGGAGCAGCUGGAUGCUUGCAAAGCCGUUCUCAGCAUCUUCAGGCGCAUGAUCAUGGAGCUGUCCAUGAACAGAAAGACCUGGGAGCAGAUGCUGCAGAUCCUCCUGAGAAUCACAGAGGCUGUGAUGCAGAAGCCAAAGGAGAGCCAGGCAAAGGACACGUUUGCUCAGAGCAUGGCGGGGCUGCUGUUCCGAACACUGAUCGUGGCCUGGAUCAGAGCCAACCUGAGCGUGUACAUCUCCCGGGAGCUGUGGGAUGAGCUGCUCAGCGUGCUCUCCUCCCUGACCCACUGGGAGGAGCUCAUUGCUGAGUGGGCCAACAUCAUGGACUCGCUGACUGCAGUGCUGGCCAGGACUGUCUACGGUGUGGAGAUGACAAACCUGCCCCUGGACAAGCUCAGCGAGCAGAAGGAAAAGAAGCAGAGAGGCAAAGGUGGUGUUUUAGAGCCUCAGAAGACAGCUGUAGUAGGAAGAUCUUUUUCAUUGAGCUGGAAAAGUCACCCUGAAGUUGUGGAGCCGAUGAGAUUCAGAAGUGCCACAACCUCUGGGGCCCCAGGAGUGGAGAAGGCGAGAAACAUUGUCCGUCAGAGAGCCACAGCUAAGCGAAGCCAGUCUAUCAGCAACUGUGUCCAUCUUUAUGAGGCUUUGCCAGCCACUAAAAGUGUGCCUCUUCUGCUUCACACUGUGAGCUCUCUCUUCCCUGGUAUCUCUUACACUUCUUGCUCUCACAGACUCUCAGAAGUGGAAGAAGCCCAGCAGCUGGAAAAUGCAGAAGGAGCAGAAGCUGCAGGCCCAUUUGCAGACCAAGAGCAGCAGCUGACUCGAAGCAGCAGCACUUCAGAUAUUGCAGAUCAGAUUCCCUCUGAUUUUUUUCAAGGUAAAAAGGCUGGAAAUUCGACUUCAGACUCCAAGUCAGUUCAGGAAAAUAAGGGAUAUGCAAAGGAGCACGAAGCCGAGCAAGUGCAGAUGCGGAGGAGCAGCAGCACAGCCGAGCUGGAUCUGAGAGCAGAGCUGCAGCAAGCACACGGCUAUUACAGAGAGAGAGAGAAAAGUGAGAGCCUGAGCAGUGAUGCCUCCCUGGGCUGUGCAGCUGACGUGGACAUCGCCCUGGUGGCCUGGCAGGGGGCUGAGGAUGACCCCGAGGCCGGGCUGGCCGCGGGGCCGGCCGGGGACCCCGCAGCACCGCCCUGGCUGCAGCUCAGCCCCUCGCAGGAGCCUGCCAACCUCACAGACAGCAGUGAGUUCCUGGCUGAUGACUGCAGCAUAAUUGCUGGGGGAAGCCUUAUUGGUUGGCAUCCUGAUUCUGCUGCUGUGCUGUGGAGGAGAAUCCUGGGAAUUCUUGGAGACGUGAACAACAUACAGUCACCUAAGAUCCAUGCAAAAGUUUUUGGCUACCUUUAUGAGCUGUGGUAUAAACUUGCAAAGAUCCGGGACAACCUCGCCAUCAGCGUGGACAAUCAGUCAACUCCUUCUCCUCCCGUCCUGAUCCCUCCUCUCAGGAUAUUUGCAUCGUGGCUGUUCAAGGCUGCCACGCUGCCCAGCGAGUACAAGGAGGGGAAGCUGCAGGCGUUCCGGCUGCUCUGCGCCAUGAUGAGCCGGCGCCAGGACCUGCUGCCCAACUCCGACUUCCUGGUGCACUUCUACUUCGUGCUGCGCCUGGGGCUCACCAGCGACGACCAGGACAUCCUGAACACGGUCAUAAAGCACUGCCCUCCGUGGUUCUUCUUCCUGGGGCUGCCUGGCUUCACCAUGCUGAUCGGGGACUUCGUGGGGGCGGCGGCGCGCGUGCUGAGCGCGGACACGCCCGAGGCUCCCCGCUCCGAAGCUCACACCAUCCUUGGUGCCCUUGUGUGCUUUCCCAACACCUACCAAGGAAUCCCACAGCUGGGACCCAUCUCAGAGGCUGGUGAGAGCAUCACAGGAGCUGCAGAUGUGAAGUAUUGCCUCAUAAAUAUUUUAUUGAAGAAUGCUACAGAGGAGCCAAGUGAAGCUGCAAGAUGCAUAGCCAUCUGUGGCCUGGGCGUGUGGAUCUGCGAGGAGCUCACGCAGAGCACCAGCCACCCCCACGUGAAGAAAGCCAUCAAUGUCAUAGGUGUGACGCUGAAGUUUCCCAACAAGCUGGUAGCUCAGGUAGCCUGUGAUGUCCUUCAGCUGCUGGUGUCUUACUGGCAGAAGCUUCAGGAGUACGAAUCGUCCCUGUGCCGGAAAAUUGCUGAAAUCCUGGUGGCCACCAUCGCCUUUCUCCUGCCCGGUGCCGAGCACUCCUCCCUGGAGGCGGAUAAGAAGUUCAUAGUUUCGCUGCUGCUUUGCUUGCUGGACUGGUGCAUGGCACUGCCCAUGAAAAUGCUGCUGGAGCCCGUGUCUGCUGGUGCUGUGGAGGAUCAACAUGCAUCCAGAGCUCCUUUGCUGGAUUAUAUUUACAGGGUCCUGCACUGCUGUGUCAAUGGCUCCAGCACCUACUCGCAGCAAAGCCACUACGUGCUGAGCCUGGCCGACCUCUCCUCUGCUGACUACGACCCCUUCCUGCCCCUGGGGAACGUCAGGAGCGCCUCAGAGCCGGCCCAGUGCCCCUCCUCCACCGAUCUGGGCAACCUGCUCACCGUGGCUGAGGAGAAGAGGAGGAGGAAUCUGGAGCUGAUCCCUCUGACGGCGCGGAUGGUCAUGACGCACCUGGUGAACCACCUGAGCCACUACCCGCUGAGCGGGGGCCCCGCCGUGCUGCACAGCCUGCUGAGCGAGAGCCACGACAACUCCUUCGUGGAGUCCUCCGAGCUGUGCUCCGAGGUGUUCCGCAGCCCCAGCCUGCAGCUCUUCGUCUUCAACGACAGCACCCUCAUCUCCUGCCUGCAGCUGCCCGCCGAGCGCGGCGCGGGCGCCCGCCCGGCCGUGCGGGUGAUCGUCAGGGACAUCUCCGGGAAGUACUCCUGGGACGGCCGCCUGCUCUACGGGCCCCUGGAGGGCUGCCUGCCCCAGCACGGCGCCGGCGCCGCUGCCUUCCCCUUCGCCGGGCAGGGCUCUCAGGCGCAGGGCACACAGGAGCAGGGCUCCCAGGCAGAGGAGGCUGAGGAUGCUCUGGACCAGCUGCUGGAGCGGCUGGGCAGCAGCAGCCCCGAGUGCCUGGCGCACCCGCAGCGCCGGCUGAACGACUGCGGCCGGGACCGCAGCAUGAGGCUGGCCCCCCAGCAGCCCCCCCCGCCCGCCGAGCCCCAGGCCUCCUUCUAUUUCUGCCGCCUGCUGCUGGACGACUUGGGGAUGAACUCCUGGGACAGGAGAAAAAGCUUUCAUCUGCUGAAGAAAAAUUCAAAGUUGCUGCGAGAGCUGAAAAAUCUGGAUUCCCGCCAAUGUCGUGAGACUCACAAGAUCGCCGUGUUCUACAUCGCCGAGGGACAGGAGGACAAGUGCUCCAUCCUGGCCAACGCCAGGGGCAGCCAGGCCUAUGAAGAUUUUGUGGCUGGGCUGGGCUGGGAGGUGGACCUGUCCACGCACGGCGGCUUCAUGGGCGGGCUGCAGCGCAACGGCAGCACGGGGCUGACCGCGCCCUACUACGCCACCUCCACCGUGGAGAUCAUCUUCCACGUGUCCACCAGGAUGCCCUCCGACUCGGACGACUCCCUGACCAAAAAGCUCCGACACUUGGGGAACGACGAGGUUCACAUCGUGUGGUCGGAGCACACGCGCAACUACCGCCGGGGCAUCAUCCCCACCGACUUCGGGGACGUGCUCAUCGUCAUCUACCCCAUGAGGAACCACAUGUUCUUCAUCGAGAUCGUCAAGAAACCCGAGGUGCCGUUCUUCGGUCCCCUCUUCGACGGCGCCAUCGUCACCGCCAAGCUGCUGCCCAGCCUCAUCUGUGCCACCUGCAUCAACGCCAGCAGGGCCGUCAAGUCCCUCAUCCCCCUCUACCAGAGCUUCUACGAGGAGAGAGCUCUGUACCUCGAGGCCAUCAUCCAGAACCACAAAGAAGUGAUGACGUUUGAGGAUUUUGCCGCUCAGGUCUUCUCUCCCUCUCCCAGCUACUCGCUGGGUGGAACUGAUUAGAGUGUGGGCGCUCCCGGUACAGAAACGGCCACAGGCUGCCUCACCGCAAGCGCUGCCCUGGCUGCCAGCCCUGCCGUGGCGCUGGAAGCCGCCCUCGCCUUCGCUGCCACCUGCCCACCCGAGCCACGGCACCCGAGCCAUGCAUGGCACAGCGGGGGACCACGGCCUGCUCUCUGCAAUGCCUUUCCCCAGGCUGGACACACGUGGCUGGGGCCGGGGUGUCACCUGUGUCACCACUGCACUGGCACCAGGUAGCAGCCCCAAGGCCCUGGGCGCAGGUGCCGCAGCCAGAGGUCGCGAGCCAGCACUGAAAGCAGUUAUUUACUGCACCCUUAGAGCAUCGCUUGAGUCAUUCCAGCAGCACCUACCUGUGCAUUAGGGAAUUGCUCCUAAAGGCCUUUUCCCAGGACUAGCCAGGUAGCAAAUGUUGCUUGCUGGAGCACAGGUGGAUGAGGGAGGACUCUCCACUGUCCCAGGUGCUGUCCCACUGUGGCCUUCCUGUGGUGUGUGCACUGGAACUGCUCCCUAGAGAAACAAAAAUAAGCAAAUCCCUUUUAGAAGAGCAAAAGCCACACUCCUGCCAUGUCCCCUUCCCAGCCCAGUGUGAAGAGCUGGGUAACCCCCUCACCUUGUCCCAGCAGGCUGUGACCUGUCCCUAGCCAGAGACAACACAGCUGAAGGCUUCUGAGGACUUAGGGUCCUCCUGGCACCUGCUGUAGUGAGCAGAGCUCGUGUUGGCAGUAGCUGAUGUGUUUUGGUCCACAUGUCUUAGGCUGAUGGGGUGAAAAUUUUUAUAGUUAAAUCCCUGGUAUUUUAAAGCAACAGAAAUGUGAGAUCCAGCAGCCACUGAGCCCUGUCCUGCUACUGCUUGGUUGCUCCUGGGCGCACACACGCACACCUCCCAACAGAAUGGGAGCUGCUUUAGCCAAAGGGAUUGUGGUCUUUGGGAAAUGCCCCGUUGGGCCCCCAUUUGUUUUUGCACUUACACUUGGUGUCAUAGCUGUCUGUCUGUCUGUCUGUCAGCACCAGGCCAGGGGCCACCCUGUGCCCAAGGGGCAGCAGCUCAGCCCCAGUGCCUGACAGGAACUCACCUGGUGCAGCUGCAGGAAGGAGCCUCUGUCGCUGAGGGCUUGGACAACUGGUUUGAUUUUCUGCCUCACAGUUGGCUUUUGCUUUCUAUUCAUCUUCUGUCAGUGAAGGAACCUAGCAAAUAAAACAUGUAUUUUAAUUUAUUUUACAUUCAGGGCCGGACAGGCAAGGCUGUCUGGCACUUAGUUAUCUGAUAGCUGGUCUGAAACAAUUUCAAAGGCAUCCUUCUGAGUAAGGAGCACUUUCUCCUUAGAGCAAUAUGUAUGUACCUCUAAUUCAGGGAAGAAUUAAGACAUCAAUGAAAAUCGUGUUUUCCUGAUGUCAAAGAACUAUUAAUUUGUGUAAACUCCGCUGUGGUUUUGCACCCUGAACCGGAUGACAAAGCCACUCUGUUAGCCCUCACCCAAUGACCAAAUCGUUGCUCACAAUAAAGUUUCUCCCCGGAGC